ACUUAAAAGGGAGGAAGGAAACAUAUAAACGCGUCUUCUCUUGAGCUAACUAAAAAGAAAAGAAAAGAAAGAGUGUCUUCUAUUGAGGUGAGGUCAUCUGUCGUGGUGUCACUCGACACUUGCAAUCAACAGCUGUUUCCGCCAAAACAAACAAAUCUGUUCUAAUCUCGGCACCCCUGAACCACCGAAAAAGCUCAUCACUCUCUUCUCUUCACUAAUAACCUGACGACCUCUGCUGGCUGCACUUGCCACUUCAUCGUCGUCGUCUUCUUCUUCUUCUUGUUCGCUUUUUACACUCUCAUCAAAAGAAUCAUCUCUCUCUCUCUCUCUCUCUUUUUCUUGCUUGCCUUGUUUGGAUCGAUUCGAUUAGGAUGCGAUUGAAUCGCCCGUCUCAUCUUCCCAGCCACACCCACAAAUAAUGUUGUCUUUCCGCAAAUCCCCUCCGAUAUCCGUGUCCUGCUCUUUUUUUUUGUUAUCCUCUACCGAAAAUCCCGAUUUUUUCGCUUUGAAUCCGCCUUUUAUCCUUCCUCCCAUAAAGCUUUGAAUCCCCGCGAGCGAGAGCGAGAUUCCAGGCGCCGAUUCGCUUCCACUUCCGCGAGCGUUUCGUGCAUUGAUUCCAAGAAGAUCCAAGCUUAUCGCGGAAAAGAAAGAAAGAAAGAAAGGAAGAGGAGAUGAAAUGCUUCAAGCAGCAGCAGCAGCAGGGCGGCGGCAAUGGCGGUGGGCAGGGGAAGAGGCUGGAGAGGCGGCUGUCGCUGGGGGAGUACAAGAAGGCGGUGUCGUGGUCCAAGUACCUGGUGGCUCCGCCGGGAGCCAAGAUCCGGGGUGGCGGCGAGGAGCUGUGGAGCGCCGACCUGUCCAAGCUGGAGAUCCGGACCAAGUUCGCCACCGGCAGGCACAGCCGCGUCUACUCCGGCCGCUACGCCGCCCGCGACGUUGCCAUCAAGAUGGUUAGCCAGCCUGAGGAAGACGCCGCCCUCGCCGCCGAGCUCGAGCGCCAGUUCGCCUCCGAGGUCGCCCUCCUCCUCCGCCUCCGCCACCCCAACAUCAUCUCGUUUGUUGCAGCAUGCAAGAAACCACCAGUCUUCUGUAUCAUUACUGAGUACAUGGCAGGUGGCUCCCUUAGGAAAUAUCUACAUCAGCAAGAACCUCAUUCUGUUCCAAUUGAAUUAGUGUUGAAGUUAUCCUUAGAGAUUGCUCGUGGAAUGAGCUACUUACACUCGCAAGGCAUACUUCACAGAGACUUGAAGUCAGAGAAUAUACUUCUCGAUGGAGAUAUGUCAGUAAAGGUGGCAGAUUUUGGAAUUUCGUGCUUAGAAUCGCAGUGCGGAAGUGGUAAGGGUUUUACUGGAACGUAUAGGUGGAUGGCUCCAGAAAUGAUCAAAGAGAAACACCAUACGAGGAAGGUUGAUGUAUACAGCUUUGGAAUUGUCUUGUGGGAGAUUUUGACUGCUUUGGUACCAUUCAGUGAGAUGACACCCGAGCAAGCUGCUGUUGCUGUUGCCUUGAAGAAUGCUAGGCCACCACUGCCUCCUUCAUGCCCUGUGGCAAUAAGCCAUCUGAUAACUCAGUGCUGGGCGACCAACCCAGACAGAAGGCCUCAGUUCGACGACAUCGUCGCCAUACUUGAGAGCUACAUAGAAGCUCUUGAAGAGGAUCCAUCCUUCUUGCAGUCAUAUAUACCGCCUCCGCAUCCGCUGCACCAUCACCAUCACCAGCAUCAUAAUCAUCAUCAUCAACAGAGCCUUCUCCGGUGCUUCCCUCGCUACAGAACCACCCGACGAUCUGCAUCUCUGAGAGUAUAAUCUGGAUGACGGCUUCGUCUUCGCCGUGUAUGAUGUAUGCACUUUGUUUUUUCAGUUUCUUUUUUCCUUUUUCAAUGCGCCGGCCCCCUAUUAUGCGGCAGUAAGGCUUGCUAUGAUUUAGUAUUCCCCUUCUUUCAUUUUUUUUCUGUUUAUUAUUGACGAUUUUCCAUCAUUAAUGCCUGCCUCGAUCGACUUACUUGAGAGACGACAAGCAGCAGUUUUUCUGGUGAUUAUCUAUCUCUGAAUGUCGUUUUAUUUGGGUGGUGGAACAAUGGACGAGCAUCUGUAAUUGUAAUAUAAUCGAGCUCUUCCGUCAA